UCUCAACUCCCUAGCUGCUCUCCCAAUUUCUGUUCAUCUCUAUUUCUUGUUGAGCUUUUGAAUUUUGAGCAUAAUCCCAUUUACAAUCUGCGAAGAAAGGUCUCGACUUUGUGUUUUAUCUUCUAGGGUAGGAUUUUUAUAUGGGGAAAUCUGGGGGUAGGAGAAAGAAGGGUGGGUCAAACCAUGUUUCAGUUGAUAAUUCAAAUCAUACAACAGCAGAUGCUAAUGGUGGUGUUGGUAUAGACUCUUCAAUCUUUCUGAAGAGAGCCCAUGAGCUUAAAGAAGAAGGGAAUAGGAGGUUUCAGAAUAAGGAUUAUGUGGGUGCUCUUGAGCAGUAUGGCAAUGCACUUAAGCUUACACCCAAAACACAUCCGGACAGGGCUGUCUUUCACAGCAACAGAGCUGCUUGUUUGAUGCAAAUGAAACCUAUUGACUAUGAGACUGUGAUUGCUGAGUGUAGCAUGGCGCUUCAGAUUCAGCCCCAGUAUGUCCGGGCUCUGCUCAGAAGGGCUCGGGCCUUUGAGGCGUUGGGGAAGUAUGACAUGGCAUUGCAGGAUGUGCAGUUAUUGUUGGGGGCUGAACCAAAUCACCAGGAUGCUUUGGAGAUUGCUGGAAGAUUGAGAACUGCAGUGGGUUCUCGCCAAGAGGCAAAGCAGGACCUUCAAAGCCGCCCUUCCCCAGCUGCCCUUGGGGCGUCUGCAGUUCGUGGUGCUCCAGUUGGUGGUCUUGGGCCCUGUUUACCCAGCCGGCCAGUUGCAAAGAAGGCUACAAAUUCAGCUGGUGGAUCAGUUGUAUCAUCUAAUACCAAUAAGCUGGAGAAGCUCCAAAUAAACACAUCAACUGAAAAUGGUCCUGAGAACAAAGCUCAGUUUCCAAAACUUGUGUUGAAGCCUUCAGGUGGUUCUUCCAAAGCCACUGCUAAUUUGAAUAAGCAUGGGCAGAAAGAGCAGUCCUUUUUUUCUUCAACAUCAUUGUCCACUCAUGGGCAGGCUGCAGAGGUGGCAAUUUACUGGAGACCGUUGAAACUUGUUUAUGAUCAUGACAUAAGGCUUGCUCAAAUGCCAGUGAAUUGUGGCUUCAAAGUGUUAAGGGAGAUUGUCAGCAAACGUUUUCCUUCAUCCAAGUCCAUUUUGAUGAAAUAUAAGGAUAAUGACGGAGACUUAGUAACUAUAACUUGUACAGCAGAACUCAGAUUGGCUGAGUCCACAGCUGAUAGUGUUUUUGCAAAGGAGCCCGGCACGGAUAAAGGUGAUUCAGUGGGGAUGUUGAGAUUGCAUAUUGUAGAGGUAAGUCCAGAACAGGAGCCUCUGCUGCCUGAUGAAGAUGAGGAAAAACCUACAGAAAGUGAGGCCAUUAAGGGAGAUGAAAGUGGGUCUAACUCAUCUCUUGGGGAAUCUGUAUCUGAGGCUGUUGAUACUGAGAUUGAUAAGACCCACAAAGAAUCUCCAAAGGAGAAAGUGGAAGCUUCUGAAGAUCCAGAGUCCAAAGAAGUUGAGAUGGAUGAUUGGUUAUUUGAUUUUGCUCAGCUUUUCCGCACCCACAUUGGUAUAGACCCAGAUGCUCAUAUAGACUUGCAUGAGCUAGGGAUGGAGCUCUGUUCUGAGGCUCUUGAGGAGACAGUAACAAGCGAAGAAGCUCAAGUCCUUUUUGACAAGGCUGCUGCGAAAUUCCAGGAGGUGGCUGCUUUGGCUUAUUUCAAUUGGGGAAAUGUUCAUAUGUGUGCUGCUAGGAAACGGAUUCCCUUAGACGAGUCUGCUGAGAAGGAGGUAGUGGCAGCACAACUUCAAGUAGCUUAUGACUGGGUUAAGGAAAAGUAUUCUUGGGCCAGAGAAAAGUACGAAGAGGCACUCAUAAUCAAGCCAGACUUUUAUGAAGGUUUGCUGGCACUGGGUCAGCAGCAGUUUGAAAUGGCCAAACUUCAUUGGUCUUUUGCUCUUGCUAAGAAAAUAGAUCUUUCAAGAUGGGAUCCCUCAGAGACACUUCAACUUUUUGACAGUGCAGAAGAGAAGAUGAAAGCUGCUACUGAGAUGUGGGAGAAGUUGGAGGAGCAGAGAGCUAAGGAGCUAAAAGAUCCAAAUGCAAGUAAGAGGGAAGAGCUGUUGAAGAGAAGGAAGAAAACUGGAAGUGGUACUGAAGGUGAGCCCUCUCGAGGUCAAGGUGAGUUGUCUCCUGAGGAAGCGGCUGAACAAGCUGCUGUCAUGAGAUCACAGAUACACUUAUUCUGGGGUAACAUGCUCUUUGAGAGAUCUCAAGUUGAAUGCAAAUUGGUGAUGGAUGGUUGGAAGAAAAAUCUUGAUGCUGCUAUUGAGCGCUUCAGACUUGCUGGCGGUUCAGAGGCCGACAUUUCAACUGUUCUGAAAAAUCAUUGCUCCAGCGCAGAUGCUGGGGAAGGUGAUGAAAAGAAGCUCAAUGGUUAAGCAGAAGAAAAGGACAGUGAGGUCAGUCAACCAUUGACAAAGUGACAUGGAGGUGAUGGUUUCUGUUUGUGUGUUAGCUUCCAUGAUUCACCUUCAUCCUGACUAUGGAGUGAGCGAAAGUGCAUUUUACCUGAGCUAUAUGGUUGAAAUGUGGAAACUUUUCUUUUGCAAUUGAAAAAUGUUGGGUGCCUGUAUUGAGUGGUGGUGUGCUCAAAAGAUUUUGGGUUUUAAGUGCUCCAUUUUAACCUUGGAGGUGACCUUUAAUUUUUCCCAUUGUUUGCAAUACCAAUGAUUUCUUUCACUGAGCAAUUAUGAGCCUUUAUUUUGUUAUUAGCCUGCGCUAUCUCAGGUCUGUUAUUUUGUGAGAGAUAAACUUGCUGGUGUUAUGAAUUAUUUCAGAUGGAUAAGUUUACAUUUACUUUCCUAAUAUUUUUCUGGGUUUAGCAUUUUCUGCUACAUCACCACCCAAAUUCUAUGUACUAAUUCAUAUCACCUAAUUUCCAGUAAAGUUUUAGGUCUGAA